AUGUAUUCAAGUGAUUACAAACGCUUAUUCAGUCACUUCGAUAGAUAUGGAAACAAUAUGAUCUCUCCAUCACAGCUGCAAUACUGCGUUAGAUUGAUCCGGGACGGAGACAUUUUACUGGAAGAGGUUGAAUUUGUUGCCGAAUUGUCAAAUGGAAAUCACGAAAAUUUAUUUGUUGGUUUAAUGGAAAGUGCAAAGGAAGAUGAGAAGAUUGAGGACUUGAGGAAAGCCUUCACUAUGUAUGAAAUGGAUGGAACAGAUUGCAUCACUCCCAAGAGCUUAAACUUGAUGCUGAAUCGACUUGGUUAG